GCAAGUCUUCUUCCAUCAAGGUGUCAUUAAAGUCCAACUUGGCAUGCUACUAGGAUUACAACCCAGGAAAACGUUUGCCCAAUUCAACUGGGAAAUGAGCGGGAGAUUCCAAACCAAGCUAGGGAUAGACUUGUUUGACAGAUCUCUCUUGCUUCCAAGGGAGUCACUCAGCUGCCAGGAGGAACAGCUUGGAGAUUGUCAGGAUGAAGCAAUGAUCUGAAGCGGCCAGCCCCAGCACCCCUCCCAGCGACCCGGGAAGCCGCCGGUCCGUCCCCGUGACCCGGAACGAGCCUCGGCCCCCCUGGGGGGCGGGGCCAGAGCCGUCGGCAGGAUGCCCAUCCUCAAACAGCUCGUGGCUGGCUCGACCAAUUCCAAGCGCCGCUCCCGCCUGGACCUGACGGCGGAGAUGAUCAGCGCCCCGCUGGGCGACUUCCGCCACACCAUGCACGUGGGCCGGGCCGGCGACGCCUUCGGGGACACCUCCUUCCUCCACAGCAAGGCCGGAGAGCCCGAGGCCGAGUCCCCCGCCGAGGCCGCCCCCGCUCCCAAGCCCGGCCUGCUCUCCCGCAGGUUCCGGGGCAGCAAGCGGUCGCAGUCGGUGACGCGGGGCGGGGAGGGACGUGACGUGCUAGGCCCGCUGAGGGAUUCGGCCCUGUUUGUGAAGAACGCGGUGUCCCUGCCCCAGCUCAACGAGAAGGAGGCGGCGGAGAAGGGGGCCGGCCGGCUGCCCAAGAGCCUGUCGUCCAGCCCGGUCAAGCGGGUGGCCGAGGAGGAGGCGGCGGCGGCCGAGGCCGGGGAGGCCUCUCCCCGGCUCAACGGGGCCGGCCGCUCCCCGGACCCCAUCCUGGCCGAGCAGGCUUUCGGAGACCUCUCGGACCUGCCGGUGGUGGUCCCCAAGGGCGGCUCGGGUAUGAAGCACGCCGAGUCCAUCCUCUCCUUCAACAUCGACCUGGGCCCGUCCAUGCUGGGGGAGGUGCUCAGCGUCAUGGACAAGGACGAGUGGGACCCUGUCUCGGCGGAGGAGGAGGAGGAGGAAGAGGGUGGCGGUUACCGUGGCGAUGGAGACCCCCCAGAGGCCCCUGAGGACUCUCCCCGUCCCGGCCGGGGGAGGAAGGAGGAGGCGGCGGCGGGCUGGCCACCCGUGCGUCCGGCCCGGGGCCCGGAGGAGGAGGCGUGGGCUGGAGGUCCCAGCCCCAGCUCGGGCCGCAGCCUCCUGGGAAGCCACGCCAGCGGGGACGGCAGCUCCGUGUCCAGCUGGGCCUCGGGGGGUCUGGACCCGCCCGGCCCCGCGCCGAGGGGGCCGACCCCCCGCCAGCCGGACAAGGACUUCUCGUUCAUGGACGAGGAUGACGAGGAGGAAGAGGAGGAGGAGGACGACGAGAUCCGGGUGUGAGGGGGCCAGGGCAGGCCGGCCUUUCCCUUCCGACCACCCCCUUACCCUCCACCCCCAGUGGCGCAGAGGCGGCCGCCCACCGGGGACCCCUUCCAGACCGCCAGAGCGUGGGCAAGUACCGUUACCAGGGCCCACUCCGCUCUGGGCCUCGCCGGGCCCUCAACCUAAAGAAGCAACUCUUACCCACGCUGCACCGGAGCCGGGCUUCUGUCUCUGCCAGCGAGAACCCAAGCCGAAAGUUCCCUUUUCGUCCUGCCCCUCUUCCGGCAGAUGACAGCGGUCCCCGCCCCACGGCUCCCUCCUUCAUCCCCACCGGGUUUCUAGUCUUCAUUGCGAGCCGGGUCUAAGUGAUGACUUUUUCUUUGGCUGUGGGUUCUGCGAGAGGCCCACUGGCUUUGGUGGAUUUUGGAGUUGGACUGUGCAUGACGUGAUGGGAGAGGAAGCCCGGGGCCUCCUUCUCUCCCCUAGGCCCUGGGGGGGAUGAUGGGAUUUGGGAAGGUUGAGCAUGCAAGGUUGGGCAGCUGAUGUGAUUCUGACCCGUGUGUGUGUGUGUGUGUGUGUGUGUGUGUAUGUGUGUGUGUUUUGGGAUGGUGGGAAUGAGGCCCAGCAAUAAACUGACCUCCUGCAGAUGGUACGAUGUGGGUUGGGCCGGGAGAGUCCAGAGGAGCAAGGGGCAGGUGUGAUGGCACUCCCGGCUGGAGGACCCCACCUUAGUCUCAGAAAGUAGUCCCAGCUACCCUCCUCUCGGCUCCAAUCUUGGGCAAUCCCGGCUCCCGCACAAGAAGCACACCCGGGAGGCUGGACCCGCCCCCAGGGGAACCUCCUCUCCCUCUUCCAUCCCCUGGGCAGGUGCUCCCACCCUCCGGGGACCCUCCCCUCCCCGCUCCCCAAACCUGGGGGCAGUGACACUACAUCUGGGCCCGUGUCUCACUGUGCCCCCAAUUCUCCGUACACUCCCAGAUUGGGGCUAUCAACCAGCCACUUUUUAUAGGUUGCCUUUUUUACUUUAAUCUUGUUACCCGGGAGAAAUAAAACCCUCCCCCCUUCCGUCCAGCCUCGUUGGGACCCCCUCAGCCAGUCAGCCCUAAAGUCAGCGGGAGGCAAUCACCUCCCCGAGGCCAGAACGCUGAAACGGUGGCAGGGGAAGGAAUCGACUUUCUAGACUGGAGGAGACCAAGCUGUUCCAGUCACCCUCCCUGCCGCCCACCGGGUCCGUGGACCGAACUUUUAGGAUAAGGGGUUGGGAGGGGGUCUCGGAAAGCCCCGCAACCUCUGGAGACCAGACUCAAAUAGGGUUGGGGGGUUAGGAGGUACGUGGGUUGGGGGAUGCAGGGUUGGGAGUCCCCAGAGCCCUGCCCCUUCCCACUCAGUGCUGCGGUAACACUAACAUAGUUCUUGUUUAUUUAAAAACACAGGGUAGGCACAGCUAGGAGAGCAUCUCCACACGGUGAGGGAGGGGGCAGCUGGGUGGGAGACGGGGGAAGGCGGUCUGUCCCCGAGGGCUCUUCGGGCCACCUUUUGACACACUCUUGAUCGCAUUUUUGUUUGUUUUGUACCAGGCAUGUGGAAAAACCAGGAGGAAACAUUAAAGGCUGUAGAGAGAGG